UAUGUAACAUGUUCCCAAUCACGUCGCUGUGUCUGCCUGAGAGUCGGAGGCAUAAGGUCGCAUCGGAGGAUACCUCCUGACGCCUCCUUCCUUCUCCUCCAACCCAAAACUCUCACUUGCGUCUCACCUGAUCCGCGAAGCCCCCGCCGCGCGUCCAGGGAGAAGAGAAGGACACGUCUCGUCAGAGUGGAUUUCUUCUUACAGUCCUGGAGGAGAGAGUCAAUCAGCAUCAUGGGCAGCAAAUGAAGACUGAAGUAAAGGCCGCCAAAGAUUGAGGAUAAGUCAAAGCUCUGAGGAAAUGCAAAUGUUAUUCAUGAAGUAAUUACACCGAGUGGAACACGUCAAAUUAGUAUAACUGGCCUUUCGAAGCGAGCACAGGAAAAGCACCAUGGAGCUGCAGCACAACGCCAAUAACAACCAUGCCUUGUGGAAAGAGAUACCGUGGGACUUCACCGAGGACUGCUCGCUCUCCGUGAGCGGCUCCACUUUUCUCAUCAUUGCUUACAGCACAGUUAUGGCGGUGGGUCUCAUCGGGAACUCUUGCCUGGUGUUUGUCAUCACGAGGCACAAGGAGAUGCGCAACGUCACCAACGUCUUCAUCGCCAACUUGUCCUGCUCCGACAUCUUGGUGUGCAUGAUUUGCCUGCCGGUCACUAUCAUCUACACCCUGAUGGACCACUGGAUCCUGGGAGAAGUUCUCUGCAAGCUCACGCCCUUCGUCCAGUGUAUAUCAGUCACCGUCUCCAUCUUCUCCCUCGUCCUCAUCGCCCUGGAGCGCUACCAGCUCAUUGUCCACCCGACCGGGUGGAAGCCCAUGGUGGGCCAGUCUUACCUGGCCGUGGUUGUCAUCUGGAUCGUGGCCUGCCUUAUCUCUGUGCCUUUCCUCUCGUACAGCGUGCUCACCUUGCCUUUCCAGAACCUCAGCACGCCCUUGCCAAUCAAUGACCACCUCAUUUGUAUGGAGGGAUGGCCAUCUGUUCAAGAACGACAAGCCUACACCACCUUCCUGCUUGUCUUUCAGUACUUCCUUCCACUGGCCCUCAUCAUGAUCUGCUACCUGCACAUUUACCUGCGCCUCCGGAGGAGGAAGGACAUGGUGGAGCGUGGCAGGUCCACUAACAAGAAAAACAAAGGCGCCGCCAGGAUCAACAUCAUGUUGUUCUCCAUCGUGGUGGCGUUCGCCAUCUCUUGGCUCCCCCUCAAUAUCUUUAACACGGUGUUUGACUGGAACCACGAGGCAAUCCCGUCGUGUGGCCACGACGCCAUCUUCUCAUUCUGCCACCUCACGGCCAUGGCCUCCACCUGCAUCAACCCCAUCAUCUACGGUUUCCUCAACAGCAACUUCCAGAAACAGUUCAGAUCCACCCUGUCGCGCUGUCGCUGCUGGGCGGUGACGGAGCGCUACGAGAGCGUCCCACUCUCCACCGUCAGUACGGAGGUGACCAAGGGCUCAAUCUUGAGCAACGGAUCUAUCAGCAACAAUACCUAGAUCCAAGCUUUUUCAGUAAAAGACAAAGGGACCGCCGGGGCAUCCUUUGGAGUUCUUUCUUGCUUCGCAGCGUCGAAAAGCAAGGUCAACAUUUACAAGUUGUAAACCUUAUAACAGCAGUCCAUAAAGAGACAACUGAAGAAACUUACUCAGCAUGACUCGAACGAGUGUGAGCUGUCUUGAGGAAGUAGAUAACAAAGGAACGGUGCAAAGGUUGGACAAGUGUAAGUAUUGUAGGGAGACUGAGGGCACUUUAGAGGAGCACCUUUGCAACUGUAAUAGUUCAAGCUCCGUGUGCUGCGGACCAAAACCAAUGGAGAGAAAGCAUUUCAUUUGGUGUCGUGUUUUUAUUUCUUAAGCACUGAUUUCUACUCAGAUUGUGACGUUACCUGCUUUAAAUGUGAUCAAGUGCAGGAUAAUUAAAAGGACAAUGGAGUUGGGACACUGCUACGGUUGUUUUCAAUUUCACUGUUUUAUAUUAUCAGUAUUGAUGAAACUAUUGAGUAAACUGUAAUGUGUUAAUGAUUAUUGCCUGAGUAGCUCAUGACAUAACUAAAGGAGAGAACAUUAGUGCAUUAACUAUGUCUGAACACGUUCACUGAGACAAAUAACUAGCAUCAUCUUAAUGCAUUUAUUAUUACCUAACAUCACCACAAACCAUGAAAUGGUCUUUUAAAGACAACCUUGGGCUCUAGCCAUAUUCAUUACACGCUGUCCGCAAAGGUCUUUGCCGCAGUGUAUUGUGAGCCUUUUUACUCAUAAAAUGUGCCAUUCAACAACCAUAUAUCAAGUGCCAUAAAACAAAAUAAAAGUGGGCGUAAAAUACGUUGUCAGAGCAGGGUUACCACGCUGUAUAUAACAUUGCUAAAUACGUGUAUGGCCUGUAAACAAUGUGACAGUUCUAGUUUAUGGUGUGGUGGCAAAUAAAGAGCACCGUGUAGCAUAGCGCAUAUCUCCUAGGAAACCUGUUGUAAGUUUGUGGUAUUGAACUGAAUUAAACAUUUACAAUCAUCUUUAACAAUAA